AUGAAAACAGUAAUGUCGCUAGAACAAUGUCCCAAUGAGUUAAUAAUGGAAAUAUUUAUGUAUGUUUCCUCAAUAGAUUUAUUUAAAACAUUUUACGGUUUAAACAGAAGAAUUGACUCCGUUCUUCAUCAUACCACAUGGAAACUGAAUUUUUUUAACUAUACGGUCUUUGUUCAACGAUCUGUAUCAUCAACAUUGUCGUCUAAUAUUGUCUAUUUGAAACUAAAACCGUGUCAAUUGAAUCAUCUUUAUGCACUAUUAGCAAACUUACCGAAAUUAAAAUAUUUAAUCAUUGAAAUUCGUCAAAAUUCCGUUCCAUUCUUAACUGAAAAUCGUUUUUUAACAGUGAUCUACUUUGAACUACACACUCUGGGAUCUAUUGAGUAUGAUGUUUGGUCCAAUCUAAUGUUAUCUUUUCCAAAUUUAAAUCGUUUAACAUUUUUUUCUCAAGGUGACAAACUAAUAAAUGGUCAACAAUUGCAGUUAACAUUGUCAAAACUUUCUUGUUUAACACAACUUCGCUGUUCACUAGCAGCAUGGGGAUACAAGGAAGAAGAUGCCGACAAAGUGUUCGAAACAUUUAAAAAUGAUUAUUGGCUCAAACAGAGUAAGAAAUGGAAAAUAAAAUGGUCUUAUAGUGACACUUAUGCUCGAGUAUAUACAGUCAAAGAGGAGGGUAAAUGA